GUUAAACCCUCUUGGUCUUCGUUGUUCUGCUCCAACCGUCACCCUCCUCAUAAACCCUAAAAAUCACUCUAUUGAUUCUACAGUUUCUGCGCUGUAAGUUAUUCCUCUACUUAGUAGAUUCUGAAGAUGUCCUCCGAUAAUCUCCAAUCUGAAUUGCAUCGAAACCCUAGAGUCACGUGGGAGGGUUGCAGCGUUUUGCUCGACAUCAAUGAUGGCGACCGCCUAGUUUUUGCUCGACUCUCGCCCGCUUCUACACUGAAAAUUGGUAAUAAAAGUUACUCUCUGAAGCCCUUAAUAGGUUGUCCAUUCGGUUCUUUGUUUCAAAUCGAAAAUGUAGCCGGUGGGCCACAUUUGUCUCGCGUCAUGCCCUCCAGAGAAGAAGGCAUUAACUGUCAAGAAACGGAGAAGAUGAAGGAAGAGCAGGUCACAAAAGAUGAGCUGAGAGAUAACAGAGCGAUUGUAGACAAUAAUAAGGCGCAAAGCCUUUCCAGUGAAGAUAUCGAUGCAAUGCGAAGUCAGGGUGCAACUGGUGAUGAAAUUGUGGAAGCUCUUAUCGCCAACAGUGCAACAUUUGAAAAGAAAACAGUUUUCUCUCAGGAGAAAUAUAGGCUUAGGAAACAGAAGAAGUAUGCACCUAGGGUACUUGUGAGGAGACCUUUUACUCGAAGUAUUUGUGAGGCAUACUUCAAGAAAUAUCCAGCUAGAAUCGGAUUCUUGCGAGUUGAUGCUUUAUCUCUUCUUCUUUCUUUCGCCAACGUGACUUCAAAUUCUGAUGUUCUUGUGCUUGAUAUGGUUGGUGGUCUUCUCACUGGAGCCGUAGCUGAGCGUUUAGGAGGCAAGGGUUCUGUCUGCAAUACAUACCUUGGAAAUAAUCCAAAUCAUAUGGAUAUAGUAAGAAUAUUCAACUUUGAUGAUGAAAUUUGUGCCAGGAUAAUGCGUUCACCUCUUAUUGACCUUGCCUCAUCCCAAGUUGACUCUUCCAAGUCUAAUGGUGAACAUGAAGCCAGUAUUAAUGCAGAGGAACAGGCAUCUGAACCUGUUAGUAUGGAUGAAAGCGCUGUACCAUCUACAGACCAGCCCUCAGAACUCAACUCAGAGUCUAUAGUUUCUCCAUUAACAAAAGCAUUUAAAUGCGCAAAGGCUGGAGAUAAGGCACCAUCAGAAGUUGUUAACUCAUGGAAGGAAAAUGGUUUUACUAGCCUAAUAAUUGCUGCACCACAGUUGGAUGCAUGGAGCCUUGUUAAAGAUCUGUUGCCUCUUGUAUCCAACUCUGCCCCAUUUGCUAUCUAUCACCAGUAUCUUCAGCCUCUCGCAACUUGCAUGCAUAAACUACAGCUUGAGAGGAUGGCAAUCAGCUUGCAAAUAUCAGAACCCUGGCUCCGUGAAUACCAGGUUCUUCCAUCGAGAACCCAUCCCUUCAUGCAGAUGAAUGCCUUUGGUGGAUACAUUCUUAGUGGGACGAAGAUAUGUGGUGGCCAUCAAUAGUAAUUUGAAUAUGCAGAUUCUAUAGUGCAACUUUUAAUGCAAUUUUUUGCCAUGGCCUUGUAAUUUUUAGCUUUGAUAUUUAUUUCUAUAUCUUUCCAUUUUAUUUUGUCACUUAUAUUACAGCUUAAAUACAUUUCUUUUUGGGUUAAA